CGAUAUCGAUAGGCUAGGAUCGGAUCGGACUGGGCAAGCAGCAACACGCUCCGGGUUCCUUUUGGUUAGACGUCUAUGAUUCUACCUCCAUGGUCUAUCGUAUAAAAUUCGCAGCAAUUCUGUUCUCUUUAUGUCAUUCAGUGAGUUAUCAUGGCAGGCAGACAGCGACUGAUUACUGAAGUCUUUGCUCAGCACAAGAAGGAAGCUUCUCGUGCUGGGAAAGCGAAGUCAACAGCCCCAACUGCCGAUGAAAACGAAAGAGAAGUCAGUGAUCAUGAGACAGCUCAGCAGGUGCUGAUUGACAAGGAGAUUGAUGUAUUGAAACAAUUUGAUCUCUGCUGGGAAUAUGGACCAUGCACAGGAAUUUCAAGACUGGAGCGUUGGGAAAGGGCUGAGAAACAUGGCAUGAACCCACCUGAAGAAGUCAAGAAACUAAUCCUAAAACAUGAUGAAGACGAAACGUAUACACAAAGCCUUUGGCACGAUUACCCAUUGUAAGACCCAUGCCAACAAGUAGCAACUCUGCACUGAUGAAAAUAAUGGAAGUAAAGAACAGUGGUCUCUUAUGACACAAGUGACGUGGUAUCCUGACUUGAACCUCAAGAACUUAGAAGACAUACAUAUAGUGUUAUCACCAAGCUGCAGAUCUCUGUGACGUGUACCUCAUGUCCUUCAGCAUGGUUCAAGAUUCAUAUAAUUGUCUGCAACACAUUGGGUCAUUUAGUGGUAGAUGGUUGAAGUGGACCGUCUUCUUCAAGACACCUUGGCAAGGAAUGCCCCUGCAGUGUGUUGGGUUAUUGGAGGUAGAUGGUCGAGGUGGACUGUCUUCUUAAAGACAACUUGGCAAGGAAUGCCCCAUUGUCAUAUCAGCGAUGGGAGGAAAUUUUUUUUCUGAAGUCUUGUACGUGUAUCUGUUAGCCUUGUCUUAUUUUCAAUUUUUAAGCUUUCCACUGGUACAGUUUUUUUUUCACAGAGGGCAACCUUUUUUAACGUGUUGAUAUUUUUAAUGAAAAAAAAGGAAGCUGCUGAGAGUUUUGAUAGUUUGCAACUUAUGUAAUUAUUCGUUCUGUUUAUUUGCCACUUUUUAAAUUUUUUCCCCAUCAGUUUCAUGAAUACUGAAAUUUGGUCGUACAAUGUGUGUGUUCAUGCUUUUCAAAUAGUUCCAUUGUAUUCAGUUCAUUUUUAAACACUAUUUUGUUUUUCCCUUAUUCUUUGAGGUGACUCGUACAUGUUUGAGUAAACAUGUAGUCAUUAAAAUGUAUCUCAGGCGUGUACCACAACAUGUAGAUGCAACAAUACAUGUGUAAACUAACCUUUAAAGACAGUUCUAUCAUUUCUUCGUAUUUUUUAGUAAUAUUUUUAAUAAAAGAAAACUCAGAAUUAGUUUUAGUAAAAAAAAUUUAUAUAUACGUGUUCCAUAUUUUGAUUAGAAUCAACAAUACAAACACAACAAAGUUCCCAUGAAAUUUGUGUAUCUGUGUUUAUUUCUUAAUUAAAUUUUCACUUGAACAUUUAAAACCACCUUUUCAUUAAAAAGGUCCAUAUAUUUCGCGGCUAUUGGUCUGUUCAUUUUGUUUGAUAGUAUUCAGUCAAGGUAAAAAAUUGAUACGUCAUUAAAAGAAAGGCCCAACUCCACCA